AUGAGCAAAAAUCUCAAUUCUCUCUUUCUCUCUUUCUCUCUCUCUCUCUCUCUCUCUCUCUCUUCUUUCUUUCUCUUCACGUUGUGUCUUGCAUUAUUCUUCCCCUUUCCAUGUCCUUCUACUAUUUUUUUCUUGCUGGCCCCUUCUCUACUUCUUCUUCUUCAAUUCUUCUUCUUCUUUUUCUUUUUCUUCUAUUCUUCUUCUUCUUCUUUGUUCUCUUUUCUUUCUUUCUUUCUUUCUUUCUUUCUUUCUUUCUUUCUUUCUUUCUUUCUUUCUUUCUUUCUUUCUUUAAUCAUUUGUUCUUUUACUCUUCUCUCUCCCCAGCAACUCUUCUUCUUCUUGCUCUCUCUCCACCAGUCCCCCUCCUCCUUCCUUCUUCUUCUUCUUCUUCUUCUUCUUCUUCAGCUGCUUUUUUUUCUCGACUGGAUUCAUUUUCAUUUCUUUCGUCUCAUUUUAUUUUUCUCUGUUUUGCUCUUCUCUUUUCUCUUCCCUCUUUCUCUUUCUUUCUUUCUUUCUUUCUUCCUCUCUCUCUUCACUUUUCACAUUCUCUUUCUUUUUCUUUCUUUCUUUCUUUCUUUCUUUCUCUCUAUUCCUUACUCUUUCUCUCUCUCUCCUCUACUCUCUUCAUUCUCUUCUCAAUUUCUCUCUCUCUCUUUUUCUUUCUCUCUUUUCCCUUCUCAUUUUUUCUCUCUUUCUCAUUCUCUCUUUUAUUUUUUUACACACUAUAAAAUAUUUCUUUCUCUUUCCCCCUCUCACUCUUUCGUUUUUCAUUCCUACUCUCUCCCUCUCUUUCUCUCUUUCCCUCUCUUUCUCUCUUUCCCUCUCUUUCCCUCUCUCCUCCUCCCUCUGGAAACACUGCCUUUCGUUGUUUCUCAUUUCCUUUUCGCCAGACCUGAUUCAUUUUUAUUCAAAUUAAUAUGGGAUCAUACGCCAAUAUCUAUCUAUCUAUCUAUCUAUCUAUCUAUCUAUCUAUCUAUCUAUCUAUGUCUGUCGUCUGUCUGUCUAUCUAUCUAUCUAUCUAUCUAUCUAUCUAUCUAUCUAUAUAUCUAUGUUAGAUUGUUCAGAUCUAUCUAUCUAUCUAUCUAUCUAUCUAUCUAUCUAUCUAUCUUAGUUUGUUCAAUAUCUAUCUAUCUAUCUAUCUAUCUAUCUAUUUAUCUAUCUAUCUUAGUUUGUUCAAAUCUAUCUAUCUAUCUAUCUAUCUAUCUAUCUAUCUAUCUAUCUAUCUUAGUUUGUUCAAAUCUAUCUAUCUAUCUUAGUUUGUUCAAAUCUAUCUAUCUAUCUAUCUAUCUAUCUAUCUAUCUAUCUAUCUAUCUAUAUAUAUAUAUAUAUAUAUAUAUAUAUAUGAUUUGUCUGUUCAGAUCUGUCUCUAUCUAUCUUUUAGUCUAUCUAUAUCUAUGUCCUACAGGCUAUCAAUCUAAUUCAAAUCUUGUUUCUUCAAUUCUCUGUUUCCCGUGA